UCCCUUUAAAUUCUUCAUUCACACCGUAUCGUAGUAUAAGUUGAUCACUGCAUGUUUUCCCUCUACUGAUCGUGAUCUAUCGUCAGAAGGCAAAAAAUAUGAACCAGUCUUUUUCUUUUUCUUUUUCAUUUUCUUCUUCUACUACUACUUGUAGGUGGUGGAAGAGCAAGAUGCAUGACCCACAAGGUCCAUUUCUGCAACGGUGGAAUAAAAGAUUCUUUAUUGCGUGCAUAUUAGCAGCGACAGUGGAUCUACUUUUCUUUUACAUCCCAGUGGUGGAUGACCAAAAGAAAUGCAUUGGUUUAGACAGGACUUUGGAGAUCACUGCUUCUACUCUUCGUUCUGUUUUCGACUUUUUCUACAUAUUUCACAUUAUUCUGCAAUUCUGCACUGGCUUCUUUGCCCCAUCACCUCGUGUGUUUAGUAGGGGUGAGUUGAUUGUGGAUCCAUCUGCCGUAGCCAAGCGAUAUUUCUUCUCUUACUUCUUCAUCGACAUCCUAGCUGUUCUCCCUCUCCCGCAGGUUGUACUGUUCAUGAUCAUUCCCCGCGCGGACCGUCCCUUUUUUCUGGUGGCCAAACAGAUAUUGAAGGUUGUGAUUUUUGUCCAAUCUGUUCCCAGGCUGCUUAGAAUAUAUCCUUUGUACAAGGAAGUAACUCGAACUUCUGGCUUUUUCACUAAAACUGCCUGGGCUGGUGCUGCGUUCAAUCUCUUUCUCUACAUGAUAGCUAGCUAUGUAGCUGGAUCCAUCUGGUACAUCACUGCUAUAGAGCGUCAAGAUAAAUGCUGGCGGAAGGCCUGUGAGAAACUACAUGGCAGCGGUUGUGACAUAGAUUUCCUCUACUGCACAAAAUUAGGGCGCAGACGAGGAGGAGGAGGAGACUUUUUGUUGUCCUUUCUAAAUACUUAUUGCCCUCUGCUUGAACCUGAAAAUUUAAAGCCUCAACACUUUGAUUUUGGAAUAUUUCUUCAUGCUCUCAAAUCUAACAUGGUGGAGAAGAGAUACUUCUGGUCUAAACUUCUCUACUGCUUCUGGUGGGGGCUCAGAAACGUAAGUUCUCUUGGGCAAAAUCUGGAAACCAGCAACUUUGAGGGUGAAAUUCUUUUCGCCAUUCUUAUCUCCAUCAUUGGAUUGAUUUUGUUUUCGUUGCUUAUUGGCAAUAUGCAGAAAUAUCUGCAGUCCCUGAGUACCCUGACGGUGAAAGUAGAAGAGAUGAGAGUGAAAAGGACUGCUGUAGAUCAGUGGAUGUCCCGUCUUAGGCUUCCCUGUGAUUUGAAGGAGAGAAUAAGAAGAUAUGAAGAAUAUAGAUGGCAAGAAACAAGGGGUGUUGACGAAGAAUCUAUUAUUUCUAACCUCCCUAAAGACUUGAGGAGAGACAUUAAUCGCCAUCGUCUGGGCUGGAAUUUACUCAGAAGAGUUCCUAUAUUUGAGACAAUGGAUGAACAAUUACUAGAAGCAAUGUGUGAUCGUCUGAAAACGGUUCUUUACACAAAAAAGACUUGCAUAGUGCGGGAGGGGGAUACGGUGGACGAGAUGAUCUUUGUGAAGACAGGGGAGCUGUUAACUAUGAGUACAAAUAACUCUGAUGUUAUCAAACUCAGGGCUGGUGACUUCUGUGGAGAAGAACUUCUGAUUUGGGCUCUAGACCGCAACCCCUCCUCUAGUAUUCCCAUCUCUACUAUAACAGUACAAGCUUCGACAAAUGUUGAAGCUUUCGCUCUCACUGCUGAUUUCCUCAAGUUUUUUGUUUCUCAGUGGCGACGCCGCCACAGCAAAAAGCUUCAACACAAGUUCAGAUUAUACUCACGUCAGUGGAGGACAUGGGCAGCCUGCUACAUUCAGGCAGCAUGGUGUAGACAUUGCAGGAACAAGCUGGAGAAGUCCCGGAGAGAAGAAGAAGAUAGGCUGCAAGAUGCAUUAAUAUUGUGGAGGAGGGUGGAGGGGGAAACCACACCAAGCCAAGGCGCUACUAUUUAUGCUUCCAGGUUUGCAGCUAACGUGCUAAGAACAGUAAGACGGAACCAUCCGCCCAAAUUGUCUCCUAGACUGCCUCCUUUGCGGCUGCAGAAACCAGCUGAGCCUGAUUUUAGCGCCCCAUCCAUAAAAUAACGCCUCUUAACAUUCAUUUCUAUUUCUUCACUUUAUAUAUAUGUUUUGUACGUACAUGCAGUUAAGUUAAAAAUGGAGUGUAUUUAUUUA